AUGGGCGUAGGCAUUGUCUCUGACAUCUUUAUGGGAUCGAUCGAGAAGAUCACGUCGAAGAAGAAGCGAAUCUUCAGCUCCAACCUGCAGACUUUUAUCACUGUCAAAGUGUGGAAUUCCACCGUCUCAAACUUGACGCUGAUGGCCUUGGGUUCGAGCGCUCCGGAAAUCCUUCUGAGCGUCAUAGAGCUGCUCAAGAACAACAUGUAUUCUGGCGAUUUGGGCCCAUCCACAAUUGUUGGCAGUGCAGCCUUCAAUUUGCUGGUCAUCACCGCCGUUUGUGUUUCGGCAAUCCCUGGUGGUGAAUUCCGUAGGAUCAAGGACAUCCAGGUCUUUGCUGUCACGGCGUCCUUCUCCGUUUUUGCAUACCUUUGGCUGAUCGUCAUGUGCAUGUUGUGGACGCCUGACGUCAUCACGAUUCCAGAAGCACUCAUAACGUUCUUCUUGUUUCCGGUCCUAGUGGGUCUUGCCUUCAUGGCUGACAAGGGGUAUUUCUCCUCUGGGAGCAACAACAAGGAGGCGCAGAAGGUCCUUCUGGACGCGGCGACGGAGCAGGAGAUCGCCACAAUGAGGAUGCGAAUACUCAAGAAGCAUGGUACAGGGAUUCCAGACGACAAGGUUGUGGCCCUCAUUAGAGAAGAGUUUGGUGCAGCAGAAGAACCUUCAAGAGCAGCUCGACGCAUGGCGGCCACAGAGAAGCUCUUCGGUGGUGGAAGGCGAAAAUCUGACACCAAGGUGGUCCCAGUGCAACUGUCGCCGGAGCAGCAGGAGGCCAGCAAGCCCAACGUUGUGUUCGCCUUCGAGCACCUGGAAUACUCCUGCCUGGAAAGCUGUGACAAGCUGGAGCUGCUCGUCACCCGGGAGUCCGACAGCAUCGAGCCGUUGGGCAAGGGGAGUGUCAUGUACAGAACGAAAGAAGUCACGGCAAAGGAUGGGAAAGACUUCAUCCAGGCUGAGGGCAAGCUGGAGUUUGAAGAGGAUGAGACGGAGAAGAUGAUAUACAUUCAGAUCCUCGAUGAUGACGAGCAUGAGCCCGACACGUACUUUGAUGUUGAGCUCUACCAGCCCUUCACCGUCGACGAAACAAAGGUCGAGACGAAGCUGGGGAAGAACAAGACCGCUCAUGUCAGGAUCGUCGAUGAUGAUGCGGUCGGAGUUCUGGCCUUCAGCAGCCAAGAAGAGAAGGUUAGCGAGGAUUUUAGCGGCGAGAAGGUCAUAUCGAUUAUGGUCCAUCGACAUGCCGGUGCCAAAGGGGCCGUGUCCUGUUCCUACCGGACAGAAGAUGGCACUGGCAUCGCCGGCAUAGACUACGAAGAAGCCACAGGAACACUGGAGUUUGCAGAUCAGGAGACGGAGAAUGAGAUUCACAUCACCAUUAAGCCGAGAGGCCGCUUUGACACGACCUCCAUCUUCAGGCUGUACAUAGAAGAAGCGACAGGUGGAGUCGGUUUUGCGGCCCAUACUGAUGGUGGAGAGGAAUGCUGCAUCUGCACGAUAGUUGUUGGCAGCGAUGAAGUGACGAAGCGCCGAGCAGACAAGCUCAAGCAGGCCUUCAAAGUGAACUGGGAGGUGCAGAUGAUGGCCAGGGACAACUGGAAGGACCAAUUCACUGAUGCGGUUCUCCUCGAUGCUGGGGAAGCAGCAGGCUGUGAGCUGGCCACUGCCUGGAUCUUCCACCUCAUCACGAUGCCCUGGAAGGUCAUUUUUGCUUUGAUCCCUCCGGUCGACUACUGCGGUGGCUGGCUUUGUUUCUGUUCCUCACUAGCCAUGAUUGGCGCAGUGACUGCAGUUAUAGGUGACUUAGCCGAGCUUUGCGGCUGUGUGGUACAAAUGCCAGACGAAAUCACGGCAAUCUCCCUGGUUGCCCUUGGCACUUCGCUGCCAGACACCUUUGCAUCCAAGACAGCCGCGGAGCAGGAUCCCACAGCAGAUGCUUCCAUCGGAAAUGUCACUGGAAGCAACUCCGUCAAUGUCUUCCUUGGUCUCGGCUUGCCUUGGACCAUCGGAGCCAUCUACUGGGCCGCUCUAGGCGAGUUGUCCGCGGAUCAUUAUUGGUUUGAGAAGUACCGUGGCCAGAGUGUCGUGGACAUUUAUCCGACAGGUGGGCAGUUCGUGGUUUUAGGUGGGAACUUGGGAUUUAGCGUGGCUGUCUUUUGCUGCUGCGCGUCUUGCUGCAUCAUGGUGAUUCUGAUACGACGAUGGUUUGUCGGUGGCGAGCUCGGCGGUCCGAAAGGCUUGAUGUAUGCAACCUCAGGAUUCCUUGUCUGCUUGUGGCUGACAUACGUGGGCCUGUCCUCAUGGAACGUCCUGACGCAGAAAAGCUAG